AUGGCUCCCAUCGCAGUAUCCGAAUCCACCACCGUCGUCCCCUCCCCCAUCAAAUCCGCCCCCGUCUCCUCCCAAUUCCACCACGCCCAGCCCCAGCCCAUUGCCGCUUCCGCCUCUGGCAUCUACUUUACCCUCUCCUCUGGCCAGACAGUUCUCGAUGCCUGUUCUGGUGGAGCCGCCGUCGCCUGUUUGGGCAAUGGUAACAUGGAGGUCGUUGGGGCAAUGACGAAGCAGGCGGAGAAGAUGGCUUAUGCGUACCAUCAGAGUUUGGGCACUGAGGAGGGGGAGAAGCUGUCAAAAUGGUUGUGUGACAGGAGCGAGGGGGCGCUUGUGGCGGCUGCUUUCUUGAAUUCUGUAGGUUCCGAGGCGAUGGAGGCUGCCAUCAAGACCGCUAGGCAGUAUUGGGUUGAAGCUGGUCAACCCGAACGCAAGUACAUCAUCGCUCGCUUCCCCUCUUACCACGGCAACACCCUUGGGGUGCUCGCCGUGGGUAACGUCCCUGGACGACGAGACAUCUACACACCCCUCUUCUCUUCUUCGGCCUUCCACCACGUUUCUUCUCCCAUUUACAAACGCUACACCGAGAAGGGAGAGACCGAGGAAGCCUACUCCGCCCGCCUUGCCGAUGAACUCGAAACCAAGAUUUUCGAGUUGGGCCCCGAGAACGUCAUAGGGUUCGUCGCCGAACCCGUCGUCGGUGCCGCUCUCGGCGUCAUGCCUCCUCCCAAAGGCUACUUUCCCGCCAUCGACAAGGUCAUCAAGAAACACGACCUCUUGCUCGUCAUGGACGAAGUCAUGUGCGGUUCCGGUCGUGUCGGUCAACUCUUUGCACAUCAAGCCGUCGGGGAGGGAGUCAAGCCGGAUAUUAUGGGCAUGGCGAAGGGUCUUGGUGGGGGCUAUGUCUCGAUCUCGGCAGUGCUCGUCAAUGAGCGAGUGGCGAGUAAAGUGAGGGAAGGCGGGCAGUGGAAGAAUUCGCACACUUACCAGAACCAUCCGGUCAACUGCGCGGUGGCGGGUAAGGUGAUGGAGAUUGUGGAGAGGGAGGGACUGCUGGAGAAUGUCAGAGAGAGAGGGCAGCAGAUUGUGGAGGAGCUGGAGGUCGCAGCGAAGAACAUCCCGGCCAUCAUCGAUGUGCGAGGAAAGGGACUUUUCAUUGGCGUCGAGCUAGAUGGUCCCAUGACCCUCAAACCCCGCCUUGCAUCCCGCGUCAAAGACCAAGCCUUCAAGAACGGCCUUAUCGUGAUGGGACUGAGUGGUACGAUCGAUGGUUCCGAAGGGGAGUCUAUCGUGCUCGGUCCGGCAUACACGAUUACCAAGGAGCAAGCUUCUGAGAUUGUCAGGCUGCUGGUCAAGAGUAUCAAGGAGGUUGUUGAGCAGCUUUGA